UGCGGCAGCCUGGAAGUGCCCCUCAUACACACUGAUUUUAGGCUGCACGGUGAAAAUGUGAAAAACAAUAAAUUACUGGACUCCGAGUGUCUGGCCCUCCCGAUUCCUACUGGCAUUUCCUCCAGCGGGUCUUGCGGGGUCGGAUCCGCCCGCACCCCAGCGCACUGGGGGAGCACCAGGAAAGAGGUGGGGCUCGGUCCGCAACCACGCCCUCCCGGGGGCACCCCGGCCGCCCAGCCUGCGGCCCCAGCCAAUCCGGAGUGGAUCUGUGCAGCCCCAGUCCGAACCCGGCCAAUGGGCGAGGGUCACGGCCCGCCGCGAAGGAACCCUGCGCAGAGCGGUGCCCGGGUUCCGAGCCUGCAGCACGUCCCCGCGGUCCUUCCCGGUCAGCCCGGCGCCAGCAUGGCUACCUCGGCGGCCGGCCAGGUGCUCAUCGUUGGCAGUGGCCUCAUUGGGCGAAGCUGGGCUAUGUUGUUUGCCAGUGGAGGCUUCAGGGUGAAGCUGUAUGAUAUUGAACGACAGCAGGUAACAAAUGCCCUGGAAAACAUCAGAAAAGACAUGAAGUUGCUGGAGCAGUCAGGGUCUCUGAAAGGCUCUCUGAGCGCAGAACAGCAGUUGUCACUCAUCAGUGGUUGCUCGAAUAUUCAAGAAGCAGCAGAGGGCGCCAUGCACAUUCAGGUGAGUUAAGGACCUGCGCUUGGUUGGUGAGA